AUGGGGAAGAACUCUAGUUUAGAAUCUCGAGAAAGCACUGCAUUACUUGUAACGAGUAUGAUUUGUAAUGAUACUUGUAUAUCAAACUUGUGGUCACUGGAAACGAUCGGUAUACUGGAUCCAUCUGAGAAGAAAACGCAAGAUGAAUUGCAUGCAGCAGCUAAAGAACAUCUUUUGAAAACUGUUAGAAUAGACGAUGAAGGAAGGUUUAUCGUUGAUUUGCCUUGGUUGAGUGAACAUCCCCCUCUGCCUGAAAAUUUUGAAUUGGCUUUGAAGAGACUGAACAACACAGUAAAGAACUUAAAAGCGAAAAAUCUGUAUGAAGAUUAUGACCUGGUUUUCAAAGAAUGGGAAAAGGAGGGAAUAAUUGAAGAGGUUCCUUAUAAUGAAAUUCAAGAACCAUCGCAUUAUUUACCACAUCGGCCUGUUGUCAAAGAAAAUAGUACGACUCGCAUUAGGCCAGUAUUCGAUGCUUCCGCUAAGUCGAGAUCUUCACCAAGUCUAAAUGACUGCCUUGAAAAGGGUAUGAACCUUAUUGAAUUCAUUCCAUCAAUAUUAACACGCUUUCGUAUGUAUAAAAUAGGGGUUACUGCUGAUAUAUGUAAAGCGUUUCUGCAAAUCCGUGUAUCUGAAAGAGACAAAAAUUAUCUGAGAUUCCUCUGGUACAACGAUAAGUCUGAGCUAAAGUAUUUCAGGCACUGUCGUGUAAUAUUCGGUGCUUCGUGUAGCCCUUUUUUACUCGGAUCUGUGGUUCAGUAUCAUUUAGAAUCAGCACUAGAAGAGGCACGAGUUGAGUCCUCGAAAUAUCCCGUUGAAACUGUAGAAGAACUUGCUAACAGUUUUUAUGUGGACAAUUGUCUUGUUAGCGUAAAGGAUGAAACUCAGUUGCAUAAAUUUAUGCAAGCGGCUACAGAAAUAUUAAUGGAGAGAAAAUUUGAAUUACGAGGGUGGGAGUACUCGGAUUCCCGCUGUCAAGUUUCAGAACCCACGAAUGUGCUAGGAAUGAUGUGGGACCGUGGAAAUGAUACCUUCAGUUUAAAGUUAUCACAUGAUACUGAUACCUCUUCGAUGAAAAUUUCUAAGAGGUCAAUUUUAUCUGCUGCACAUAAAACGUUUGAUCCUUUAGGCAUAGUCUGUCAGGUUACUUUACUGCCAAAACUUUUGCUGCAGAGGUUAUGGGAAUGCAAAUUAACAUGGGAUCAAGAAGUAGAUACAAAUACUGAAGAAGAAUUCUUGAAAUGGUUGAAAAAUUUGGAGACUUUGAAAGAAUUGAAGAUAACUAGAUGGUUGCAAUGCGAAUACGUAAUUGAUAGUUUACAUUUUUUCUGCGACGCUAGUAAGUCUGCCUAUUCAGCUGUUGUUUUUAUAAAAAUUUGUUUGAAUGAUUCAGUAGCUGUUCAUCUGCUAAGAGCCAAAUCUCGGAUUGCACCUUGUGGAAAGAAAGAGACGACUAUAGCAAGAUUAGAGCUUCUUGGAGCCACAAUUUCAGCACGUCUUUCUGUAGAAGUUCUGAAAGAAUUCAAAAAAGAGAAAAUUGUGUUUUGGACUGAUUCUACUACCGUUCUUUCAUGGUUGAGAAGAGAAGGGCCGUGGGGAGUGUUUGUACAAAACCGAGUGCAGGAAAUUAGAUCCUUGACUCCUUUGAAUGCAUGGCGGUUCGUCCCAGGAUCACUAAAUCCAGCAGAUCUUCCGAGUAGAGGUUGUUCUGCUCGUCAACUUCUUUCGUCAAAAUGGUGGGAAGGUCCGCAAUGGUUGUAUUUCCCAUCGGAAGAAUGGCCAAAAGACGAAUUUUGUGUUGAUGAAGAAGAAAUUCUAAGUGAAAGAAAGAGAGGCGUGGUAUCAUCUAUGGUCAACGUGCAAUGUACAGAUAACAUUACAUAA